AAACUAAAUAACGAAGUAAAAGCGAGUAGUCGCAGUGAAACAGGGAUCGGACGAACACGAUAUUCAGGUUGUUUUCAACGUGAGCUCCUUUCAGUUUCGCACGUGAUCGUGGCAUCCAAUCAACAGAUUCAAACUCGCGGUUUCUCGGAAUCGUUGUUUGGUCAUCGUUUCUUAAAAUAAUCCUGUGGAACGGCUUGGUUAGUCGGUUUAUUUCAUUUUAGCUUCGUCGAAGUUCGAACGUUGUGUUAUCAAAUUACAAGGAAUAUUUUUAGUGAAAGUUUUAAAUAAGUGACUAUUUUCAUGAUUUGUUUUUAAUAAUCGUCGGUUAAUUUUGUGACGAGUGUUGUUAGAUGACCUUGAUUAUUGUUUGGAAUUUGUUAUGUUAUAUGUUAAGGAUCAUCAAGAACUUCCACUAGAAAUAUAAAUAUCAUGGAUUACCACGAUUUAGAUACUGAAACACAGGAAGAUGGAGAGCUAACCGAGGAAAGUAUCGAAUUAAGUGAUGUCAUUGAGGUUAUUGAGACUGAUCCAGAUUUUCAAGAAUAUAAAGAACCAAUCCAGUCUUCCGCAAUGUUUAAUGGAGGAGGGGAAAUACCUAUACCACAACAACCCACAGCAAACCAAGCUAGUCAGUAUUCAUCAUUGUCGGCGAAAAAACAAGCUCGUAUAAGGAUAGUAGAACAACCCGCAUCGAAAGCGCUAAGAUUUCGAUAUGAAUGUGAGGGUAGAUCGGCGGGCUCCAUACCAGGAGCUAGAAGCACCCCAGAAAAUAAAAGUUACCCUACGAUUAGGGUAGAAGGUUAUAAAGGCAGGGCUGUAGUAGUAGUAUCUUGUGUAACACGUGAUCAACCAUACAGGCCACAUCCGCAUAAUUUAGUCGGUAGAGAAGGUUGUAAGAGGGGCGUGUGUACAUUAGAAAUCCCGACUGAUACAAUGACAGUUCAUUUCUCGAAUUUGGGCAUUCAGUGUGUUAAGAAAAAAGACAUUGAACAUGCCUUAAGGGUACGUGAGGAAAUCAGGGUCGAUCCCUUUCGAACCGGUUUCAGUCACAGAAAUCAACCCACCUCUAUAGACUUAAAUGUCGUUAGGCUGUGUUUUCAAGUUUUUUUAGAAGGUGAUACUCCAGGAAAAUUUUCAGUAACCGUACCUCCCGUAGUCAGCGAUCCUAUCUACGAUAAGAAAGCGAUGUCAGAUUUAACUAUAGUUAAAUUAUCAGAUUGUAGCAGUUACGUAGAUGGCGGAAGGAAAGAUAUCGUCCUUUUAUGUGAAAAGGUAUUAAAAGAAGACAUUCAAGUGAGAUUCUUCGAAGAAAAUGGUGAUUGGGAAGCAUUUGCCGAAUUCCAACCGUCCCAAGUACACAAGCAACACGCGAUUUGGUUUAGAACUCCGAAGUAUAAAACAACAGACGUAACCGAUGUCGUCAAGGUUUUCAUCCAACUUAGGAGGCCCUCUGACGGCGCUACUAGUGAUGCAUUACCAUUUGAACUACACCCAAUAGAUUCAGGUAGGCCUCCGUAUUGGUCGUUCCGAAGAACACUAGCUAAAAAAGGAAAUUAUAAUCUUUUCGAUUCCAUAUUAGCGAACGAUGCGAAAUUAAUGACAAAGCGGCAGUUGAGUUUAACGAAUGACGUUGGUUGGAAGGAAACAAUUCUACCUAAGGAAACAGUUUUACCUGCAACCAAUCUACCGAAUAUUGAUGAUGAAGUAAUAUUAUUAGAUAAAUCUUUGGAUCAAAACGCUAAUGAUGUUGGAGUUAUUCAAAUCGUCAGCGAAGUUCCUAUUGACUGGAACACAGCUACAGAAACCAAUAAUAACCAAAUAAUUCCAGAAAAUAUGGAUUAUUCCGAAUUGAAAUUGGAUAAAAAUGACAGUAUUUUGACAAAUGUUCCUGAUAAAGUCGAAGAGAAAUCAUUCAAUGAACUCAUCAACCAAGUAGCGGAAUUAGACGAAAUUUAUUCAGAUACAAAAAAUCGUCUACUCACUCAACCUUUAACAGAAUAUGAUAAAACCGAUUUACCUUACAAUGACUCUUUCGAUGACGCUAAAACGUAUUCUAGUCUACAAUUAGCUUUCAAAAAUCCCGUAGAUAUUGUUUCAAGACCUUCUUAUCCCCCGAAACCGACUAAUAACUCCACGAUAUCGAAUAAACGAGAAAAUGAUUCUGAAAAAUUGCCUCCACUUCCACCGAAACGUACUAAAAAACUAGAAACGUUCAUCGGCAGCACAAACAGUUUACAAAAAAAUAAUAAACCCGAUUUACAUACAUCAAACUCUAGUAUACGAACAGUGAGCAGAACUAACUCAUUUAAUUUACAAAGACCUAAAUCACAGCAGGAACUGUCGCCACCGGAAAAACAUUUACCUCCAACUCCGAAUUAUUCGACUUUACCUAAUCCUAAAAAACGAGGAUUCUUUUCAAAAUUAUUCCGUAAAGGAAAAUCUAAAUCUGCGAAUCCUUCUCGCGAACCCAGCGUCUCUCCUUCGACAAAAACCAUUACCAGCACAAAAUCUCUACAGGUUCAAAAUGUUUUAGCCAAAAGUUCCGGUAACAUAUCGACUCACUCUUCUAACAGUAUUCGUAUACCACUGAAAGAUAGCCCUCCUAAUAGCAAUGAAAAUUUAACAAAUAACGAUGUUAAAGACACUGUUAACAUAUCCUCGGAUGAUAUUGAAAUGAAUUUGGAUUUGACAGAAGCUGAGCAUUAUGCUUUAUAUACUGCCAUAGCUCCUCAUGCUACACAGAGUGAAUUUGAUGAGAUGUCUUGUUACUACGCUCCGGUGGAAGGGGGAAAGUUAUUAACCAACGCCGAGGUGUUAGCCAGAUUGGCCUCGAAAACAUGAACGUUCAAGAAGUUAACGUAUUCUUAAUUUAUGAUUAUGAGUUUGAUUAUUAAGUAUAUAUUUUAUCAUAUUAUGUGAAAUAUCUACAUAUCCUGAAUAUAUUAUGUUCAUACAAGGAAUAAAAUCAUAAAAUAUGAAAUAAAUACACAUUACAAUUGGCAUUUAAUUAUAUUUCAAUGUAUGACAAUUUUAGAUGAAUUUGACCAAUUCUAUGUUUUUUUUCAAUAUGAUUUUCUUGAUUUUUUAUCUAAAUCAAUUGAUAAAUUGGUUUUUAUAUAAAUACUCUUGAAUUUUCUAAAAUAUUACUUAACAUUUUCAACCCUGAUUAAACAAAAUGAAAUAAAAUGUAUAAUAACAAAAUGGUUCCUUGACCAAAGUGAAAAUUAUUUUCAGAUUUUUAGGUCCACUUCGUAUUUGGAAAUAUAAAACUAAAAAAUCAAAAUUUCUUAAAUUCUGUCCCAUUAAGUGACACUUUAUAAACGAUAAUUGAAUUAUCAAAAAAUUCUGUGUAUUUUUCAUUUCAGAAGGUUCAGUCUUUUCAAAAAAAAACAUUGGGGGAGUGGGAAAAGAAAAAAAUGCUUGUGAGUACUUUUAAAAGAGUCGUUUUAAGAGUUGAAAAUUACACAGUAAAAAUUGAAAAUCAAACUCCCGUCUUUCUCCCAGUUUUUCCAGGCUGCUACUCGCAUUUUCCCGGUUGAAAUUUCGUGAAUUUACUACACUUUUAUGAUGAUAAAUAGUUAUUUUAGAAAAUACAAGUAUAAUAAAACAACCAAGUUAUUUUUUCAAUUUAACAAAUUCUUGUUUCACUGCUGCAAGCAAGUCUGCAUGUUUUUAAUUUUUUUCAGUUUCUCUUUCUGUUUUUCUAGUUUUAUUUUUGCAAUAUUAAGCAAAAAAUUGGAUUUUUUGUCUUUUUGUGCUGUGCCAUAUCUUGCUUAGACAUCCUCAUAGAGAGCAUAUAAAUUUUGAAAUAUCCACAUUUUUUAGUCUACCAAUUUUUUUAAGAGAAUCAGUACACUCCACGUGUCAACACGUGGAGGUGACUGAUUAUUGAGCUCCUCCACGUUCCAGCAGUACCACCCAACCUAUGUCGAAACCUAUGGCAUCUCAGAACCUUCAAAAUUUACUGUUAGCUGUUGGAAUUUAUAUUUUCUUCUAGUUUCAAAAGUUGGCAUUAAAGUUUUUUGACUUCAGCUUUGCUUUUAUAAAGCUAUUCACUUCCCUAGGCCCACUUACCGACGAAGAAGCCCACAAGCUUAAUGCUUUGUUUCAUUGCCUGUGUAUGACAAGGAAAUUUAGGAAUCUCCAACUUUCUUUUUUACUUGUAUUGCUUCAUGAAGAUCUGCUCCUGUAAUAAGCCGAAAAGCUGGAAGAACCAGAUACUAUUAAGUUGGAAGUUCUGGAACCGUUGGUGAUAUUCAUGUGAAAUACACUGUUUACACUACCUCUGUUUACACUCACAAUUUCAUUGUCUGGCGAUAACUGUUGUUCACUUCAGUCUCUGAAGACGAUAACUUGGUUAUCAAAACGCGACUCUGGCAGUGUAGUGGUGGUAUAAACAAUGUAUUCAGUAUAAAACUGGCCAGUGUUAAUUUUCAAUAGAAUUUCGAAAUUGUUCCAUUGGAUUUCCAUUUACCAGAUUGUAGUGAAAAUUUUUGAAUCAUGAUUUGUUUUUGGCUCACGUUCGCUUAUGAAUGUUUAAGCACAAACAACCAAGCACACUAUCAAACACGAUGGAAUAACGUUAUGUUAUGUAUAAAAAAUUCAAGAGAUAUAUGAGGUCAGAAAUUAUUUGAAAUAUACAUUCCCAGAUCACCAGAUUUAUCGACAAAUGAUUUCUUUUUUCAUUUAGUUUGUUUUAAACAAAAUAAUCAUCGAAGGGCUUUGAAAGAGUUACGAAUUAACUUCGCGACAUCUGCUUAGGGUUCAGUUACCAUUCAACCCUCGGCCUUGGAUUAAAAAUAUGUUCAAACCCCAAACAUUUAAAUGAGUCAAUUAAAAUGAACAUUUCUAAAUAAAAACGGUAAAAGAAAUAUCGACAAAGUUUACUACCUAAACUAUAUUUUAAUGUUCAAGUUGAAAUUUCUUGAACCGUUGGUGAUAUUCAUACUGAACAUACUGUUUACACUACUACCACUACACACUACAUAACUUGGUUAUCGAAACGCGCAUCACUCAGUAUAAUUGUGAGUGUUGGUGUAGUGGUAGUGUAAACAGUGUGUUCAGUAGAAGUAGUUUGGCCUGGGCAAAACUAGUUUGUACUGAAAUCGGGUUUGCCUGUUAAUAUACAUAACGAUUUACCAAAUAUUUUGAUAAAAACCAAAAUAAUGCAAAUAUUUAUAUAAAAAAAUAAUUCAUUGAUUUAGACCUAAAAUCAAUAAAAAUUUUUAUUUAUGAGUGAACUAAAUUCAAAUUUGUUUAUUCACUGUUAAUAAUCAAACUUUUAUAUCACUUUAUUUAUUAUGUUGUUUCAGUAUCUUAUUUAUUAUUUGAUAUUUUUAGAACCAGGAGCUUUAAAACAUAAGCGGCAAAAAAUUAAGAUUUUCGAUCAAACGAUGAAUCCAACAGUAACUGUAAAAGAUCGUAAGUUUAAAUUUUUCAAAUCAUAUUUUUGGUGGUGGGAUAUACAUUUUUUAACACAUGUACAGAUUUUUGAUAAUAUAUACAAAUAUUUGUCUGUACUACAAUUUUAUAUCCCUCUUUGUACAGUUUUGAUACAAAAAAACGGAUAUUUUGAAAAAUUUUGAUCAAAAUAAAAAUUUUAUACAUGAUAUUGAACUUGUAGUUAUGUUUAGUUGAUCUUUACAAGCUAUUUAUGUUAAUUAUAUACUUUUUCCGUUAAGAGUUUAUUUUUGAUUGAUCAUUAAAGUAACAGGAAACGAAAAUGAUAUGAUCUUAAUUAUUUUUAUAGGAAUCAAUUGUUUUUUUUUUCCGAAAUUCCUCAACAAUUAGUCAGUUGUUCCAAAUCGUUAUAAUAAAACUUAUUUUAAUUAUUUUAUACCCACUUUGUCUCUACCGUUCAUAGUUAUGUAUUUAACACGUUGAGCUCCACAGUCCAGAGCGCUCCUAUGGACGUUACGACGUAUUUUAUUCCAAACCUUCUCCAUGGCUGGUAUUUAAAUGUGAUAACAGUUUGCUUGGAUCGUCCUGGGUACUUCCAACAUUACCCUAUUCUUGGCCCUUGACCCUGAUUUUUUUUGUAUGAUCUUCAACUCUUCAAUUUGUUAUUACGAAUAAUAUUUGACUGAAAUUUGUCAUUUGUGUCACCUUCACGUGACCUUGAUCUCUCAUAUAAUAUUUCUUAAAACACAUCGCACAUUUGUGUGCACUUUACAUAAAAGCAUAAGUCAUCGUUCGAAGUAUAAAAAAAGCAAACAAAAUUUUGUUUUUCCAAACUGCAAGUAGGAUGUACCUCCAAAGAAAUAUAAUGAAAAGAUGGGAAGUUUUAGCAGUAACCUUUUUAUUUCCAAAGAAUUUUCGUUAGAUCCACACCCCGUAAAAACACAAAAAAGAAUUUUAGGCCCAGGGGAAGGUUUUAACAAGUUUGGUUGGAGCUCAAUGGGCUGUUAAUUAUUUUAAUUUCUGUUAAACAUCGUAUUCCUUAUUAUGAAUUGGUUGCCAGUAGUAAAAAUAUAUUAUCAUUACGUUUUUAUCUACAAAUGUAAACUUAUAUUAAUUUAAAAAUAAACUCCUAAUGGACGACACCAAUUAGUGUAAUUGUUAAAUAAUCUGAUUGCUUUCCGAUUUAGAAAAUUCAACAAUUUUAGAAUGUGGGCCAAUGACUUCAAUUCACAUAAACAAAAAAUAGUUUCACGUUAACAUGAAAAACAUUCUUUGACACUAAUAGCCAUUCCAACAAUAUCAUCUACUUUCCAGAGUAAUUUAUCGCUCCCAAGUUUUUCUUAUUUAAGCAUAUAUGUAAUAAUCUUAUAUGGACAGUUGGUAUAGGAAAGAAAAAACGUCCCUACGUUACGGUGCCGACAAUAUUUAUUUUCUCUCUCGUUCGCGACCCUUUAUCUAUACCGCGCAUGCUUGAGAAUGCGCAGAACCUAGCUGAAACCUCGGAGGAUAGAGAAAUCGUUGUCAUUCUGUCUUCCUUAGUCGGAACAGCUUCCACUUAUAAAAACUGUCCAUAUUAGGCGGCCCUAGACAAUCAAUUUUAUUGCGCAAUAUUACGAAUUGUGCAAUAUUAUUGACCGUUUAGGGUUAAUAUUGAAUAUUGCACAAUGAUUGAACAAAAGAUUGAGUGAGCUUAAUUUUAAUUGCACCAUAUUUUACCAUUGCAUUGUGUAGAGUCAGUAUUGCGCAAGGAAUACACACGCGAGCGUGCAUAAUGGCGGAAAAAGAGAAUGAAAAAAAUGUUAUUGUAAUCCUGAUUGUCUUUAGAUCAGGAAGGUAAUCACUAGUUCUUGUUAUGGAAUUUUCAAAUGGGAAAAAGAUUCCCUAUAAUCUGCCAAAUUUUAUUUUUCUACCCGACUGACACACUUGAGCACCUACAAAUUCUAUUUUCUUUUCACUCAGUGAAGUGAGGUUAUGUUUUUGACGAUCAGCGCGUAAAAAGUAGAAAGUUGGUUACGACUUCAAGAGCGCGUACUAACGCGAUCAUUGUGGGCGUUAUCACACUUUUUCAACAAGUUUUUUUAUUCUUGUGUAUAUUAUAUAAUAUUUUUUAAUAAUUUGAUAAGAGCAUCUUGUGCAAUAUCUACAUACUUUCCAGUUGUUAAUUAAAAAAGUUUUGGCCAACAUUUUACUAUGCACCUUAGUAAUAAUUAAUAAAUAAAAACAUUUUUUGUAGUGUUUGAAACAUUACUUGGAAUGGUGCUAUUGUCGUGGUACCAUAACAAAUACUUGUUAAAAUAUACUUUUGUUACAUUUUGUGAUUGUUAGAAUAACUUUGUUUAUUUAUCUGUUUUUGUAAAUGAUAUAAUUAUAAAAGUUUGUUUCCUUAUAGGUAGUUUAAACAGAUGAUUGUUUUUAAAUUUAAUUGCUAUUCUAGUAAUUCUUUUGAGAAGGUUGUCUAUUUAAAAAAUAUAUAAAUGUGUGUUGAAUCUGGAGAGUUUUCUAAUUAGAUCGUUAGGUUUUGUGAAGCUUUAUACAUUUGUAUUUGCUUUUAUAAUAUUAAAUAAAAAUAUACGUAUUUUAUAUCCACUUGUGUAUUCAUUAAAC